CUCUCUCCCAGCACGGGACAACCACACACACACGCGCACACACACACACUCACACCUACUCAGAUCAGCACAGAACUCUGUCAUAUACAUAAUACUCUCCUGGGAUAUGAACACUCUCGUCCUCGCCUGUCUCCUGUGUUUCGUCGUCUGCAGUGCUCUAGGUGCCCUGGGAUCUGAGGCCACACACUCCAGCAGCGGGCUGAGCCAUGUGACCGGGGGUCCGGCCUCCGGCGAGGGCCUCCAGAGUUCGCUCAGCGAUGACGAUGAUGACGAGCUGGAAGUGGAGGAAGAUCUGAGUGCAAGCCACACCCCUCAUGAUGGGCACGUCAGCAGAGAUGAGAGGAGGAAAAAGAAAGGCAAAGGCAAGAGGAAGAACAAGCACAAGAGCAGAAAUACCACGCCGUUAAACCCCGAGCACACGUUCUACACCAGCGGAUACACUUCAGCUCAGACUACCACAGAAGAUCCCUGCACCACCACCCACCUGGGCUACUGCAUUCACGGCUUCUGCAAGUACAUGGAAGACCUGCAGGAGCCAGUGUGUGUGUGCAUGAAGGGUUUCGAUGGAGAGCGCUGCGGGAUCCAGACACUGGAAACGGGGAGAAACGAGGAGGAAGAGGAGGGGAACAGGGCCGAGGUGGUGCAGACGGUCUUGGUGAUCAUCGCUGUGGUCCUGUCCGUGAUCAGCUGUACUGCCAUCCUGCUCAUGACGUGUGCUCAUUACAGGACACACAAAAACUUUCUGGCCGCUUACUUGGGAACAGAGGCGGAGGUGGAAAAGCUCCAGAAGCCCAUCGGUGAUGUGAUAGUGUGAGCGUCAAAUAACAAGCCGCACCAUCUAGAGACUCAGCGGGCAACAAGAGGAGCAACGGUGAAACCAGUGGAAUGUGUCGACUGUCUCAACACGCUCAUCAGGCCUGCUCGACGCCGUGUAGAAACACUGUUCGGAACUUCAGUAGAAUGUAAUUUAUUUGAGUGUGAUUAUUUAUUGCUUAAAACUUUGUAUGUGUUUGUAUGUCAGAGAUUUACGGAUUUGGAUGCUGAGCAUUUAGUCCAUCGACUGCAGGUUAGGUUUUAUUUAUUGCACUACUAUUGUAAUAGGUCAGAGAAACUGUCUUCAUCUCACUCUGCAAAAGGGAUGGAAUUUGAUCACCAAUAAAGUCUCUCAGUGUUAUACUAAGG